AUGCAAGGUCAGCUCACCAAGUUGAGCGCCCAUGAGUUUCAAAUAUACACACGCAUGAUGAGCAAAUUCAAAGCAACCGGCACGGGCUCUGCGUUCGACCAAGCAUUCGAUGACGUCCUAAUCAAUCUUUGUCGUGUAGAGGAAGACGACCAUAUCCUGAAGAACGUACCGCAUAUCCUGUGGUUUCCGCAUCUUACUAAGAGCUUUGCCGGCUUCCUGCGAUUUAUGCGGCAGUAUGACCUCAAGAAAUACAUUAGAAACAUCGUGGUCCACACAGAUAAGGAAUACCAGCUUCGGCACGUAUCCACGGCAGAUGCACCUUUAGCUCGUGCUGUGCACGAAAUAUGGGACCAAGUAUUCUCUAACCUGGACCCAAUUCGCGUUGUGGUAGCUGCACCGCCGAGUUCGCUCUCCGCACUUCUCGACGCACAUAUGCUCAGUUCUGACACGUGGGCUUUCGACAUGAAGAUGCACUACAUCGAAUUCUCCCAAAAAGACCCACACCGUACCGCACAUCGGAAUCACGGAUGCCGACCUUGGGACAACGCGCUCGUCCAUCGCAAGCCUUGGACGCAUCUAGGCUACAAUGAAGGCUCCUCGAUCGCAGCCUACAGCACAUAUGAGUAUCAUCUUAAACAAUCACCGAAGAUGCUUUACCUGACCCUCCUCCGCCUGGCGAAAGAAGUUCAAGAUUGCUGUAACAUUACGAGCUUCUCCUUUAUUGGUGUGUUCCCGUUCAGCACAAACAUGAACACGGUUAUCCGCGCCCUGCAGAAAAUACCAAUGCUACGCGAGAUCCAAGUCCAACUCGCACCAGGUCCGGAGAAUGAUCUCCUUGAUACACCCAAGAAGCUGGGAAGGGCACAGGCCUCGGACCUAUGGUUGGAGUGGAACGGGUGUUAUAGUGGCAUGGCUGGACUGCUGGGUACACAAGAGCUUAGUGAUGGAGCGAGGUUCGUGAGCAAGGACUGUGGGGAGACAGAGGUAGCUAAAGAAGUGGAAGAGUACAUCGAGUCAUUGCAAGAGAGAGGUCAAGGAUGGCGUAAAGACGGAAACGAGGUGUGGAUAAGGGAUUCGAGUCUCGAUCGAGAGGUGACGCCUGAUGAGAACCUAGGAGAUGUAGGGUCUGCUUUGCAUCAAUUGAUGUUGGCCGCUGCCCACGAGCUAUUGUAG